AUGCUUCCUCUUCUAGGCCUCCUUGGCCUCCUUGGCCUCCUUGGCCUCGCUGCGCCCGCAACAGCAAGCUACGCCUUCUACGUCGGCAAGAACCUCACGGAAUCGGGACAUGUCCUCCUCGGGGGCACCGGCGAGGAAGUGUCGUCGCAUUGGCUCCAGCUCUUCCCAGCCAAGGACCAUCUCGCCAAUGCCACCAUCACCGUCGGCGUGACCCAAGAUGCAUCCUAUCCCGCGACCGCACGCGAGGGCGUCGAGAUUAUCGGUGACCUGAUCAAGAAGCACGGCUUCGCCACGUACGGCGGCAACCCCCACCUGAUCGCCGACAAGGACGAGGGCUGGGUCGUCUGGGAGUUUGCCGGGGGCGAGACGCUCUGGGCCGCCGAGCGACUGGGUCCCGACGUUGUCAGGGUCUCGUAUCCCGGCUACAUUGAGGAGUUCCCCGUCGACUUUGCCGACUCGCGUGACCACAUGGGCUCCGAGAACCUCGUGGACUUUGCCGUCGCGCAAGGCUGGUGGGACCCCGACGGCGACGAGCCCUUUCAUGUGUUCAAGGCCUAUGGCGUCCAGGGGGACAGCUACCACGCGCGCACCGGGGGGUUCAAGUACAUGUCGCAGGCCGCCCUAGAGAACGCGACGCUUGCCAUGGUGCCCGUGACCGAAAAGGAUUUUAUGAAGCGCGUACGUGACCCUCGCAUCUGUGAUGACCAGUCCGGCUACGGCCAGGUGAUCCGUGUCUUCGAGCCCGGGGACCCUGACCUGUACCUGAUCUGGAAUGCCGCCACCGGCUCCGUCGCCGCGCCCUUUGUGCCCUGGUAUCUGGGCGUUGAGCAUGUGCCCCCUGAAUUCGGCCAGCACCGCUACCUGACCACGGGUGCCUCGAGCACCUUUCUCAAGACCGACUAUCAGCUCCAGGAGGCUUCGGUCUUUGCCGGUCGCGUCUUCAAGCGCGUGCUGUACUACAUGUGUUCUGCGCCCAAGCGCUUCCUCCCGCUCGUCACCGACAUGUUCAUCUCCUUUGAGGACGAGUCGGCCGCAGCCGUUACCACGUGGGUUGACACGGCGGCAAAGAUGCUGCUGGCAACCGGAGACCGUGACGCUGCCCGUAAGAUGUUGACUUUCUUCUCCCGCACGCGUGCCUACAAGUCCCUGGAGAUUGGCAAGACCCUCACUGAUGCCUUGGAUGGGUACGCCAAGCUGUCUGGUGCGUGGCAGAUACCCAAGGACGAUUUGAUCAAUGAAAUGGGGAGCAACGAGACGGUGAAUUGCUUGACGGGGAUCAACCCAGACGAGCCGGCGGAUCAACAGUGA